AUGGCGCCUAAAAACAACGCUAAAGGCGGUGACAAAGCCAAGCCUGCAAAGGGAAAGGGAAAAGAUGCUGGUGAUGAUGCAGGAAAGGGAAAAUUGAAGGCUGCGACAGCGAUCAACGCGCGCCACAUUCUGUGCGAGAAACACUCCAAGAAAGAAGAGGCGCUGGAGAAGCUGCGCAACGGCGUGAAGUUUGAUGAGGUUGCGCGCGAGUUUUCGGAGGAUAAGGCGAGGCAAGGUGGCUCGCUGGGUUGGAAGGUUCGUGGUAGUCUGGAUGCUGCCUUUGAGAAGGCGGCUUAUGAUUUGGAGCCCAGUAGCACUGGCAAUCCCAAGUAUGUGGAGGUGAAGUCGGGCCACGGGUAUCACAUUAUCAUGGUGGAGGGCCGCAGAUAG